UUUCUCACCAAUUGUUACUCUUCUCCUUCAUUAUUCCAAAACCUCAUCUCUUUCCUUCACUUUCCCAAGAAAAUAAAUACAUACAUAUAAUAGGAAAAGAAUAUUUCCAAAUUCCAAACACAUAAUAAUAAUUUCCAUAUAUAUAGAAGUUUAAUGUAAUUAUUAUUAGUAAGCUUCUUUUUUUUUUGUUAUUGUUGUUGUUCAUGUAAAAUCAUGGAAAGUUCUAGAAAAAAGAUGUGUUAUUCAACAACAUCAACAAGGGUUUUGUGGAUUAUGGUGCCAUUUAUUUUGGUUUCUAUUUUUUUCGCUUUUGGGAAUAAUUCAAAAAUAUCAACUUCUUUGUUUUCUUCUUCUUCAAGUUGGCUUUUUUCUUCAGUACUUAAAAAAAGUUCCGGCGAUGAGCAACCGGAUUUUCAGCCGAAAGUGGUGGCGGUGGCGGUUGCUGGCAACGGCGGCGCUAACCGAGAAGAAGCUCUGUUGGAAGACUACAGCUUUAACAAUAGUAAUAGUUUUUCUCCACUUACUGCUGAAGCUGAUCAAGAAGUUGAGAAAGAAGCUCAAGAACUUAAAGAAAUUCAGCAACCAGUUAUACAGAAGAAUGAAAGUUUUAACAUUUCCUUGGACGAACCACAUGAGUUCCCUUCGUUGAAUGAAACUCAUGCUCUUCCAAUUGAAACCCGAAUCAAGAGAAAGUUUAGCAAUCUGGAGAGGUUAGAAGCCAAAUUGUGGAAAUCUCGAGCUGCGAUCAAAGAAGCCGCUAUGUCUGGAAAUCAAACAGAUGAUGCCGAUUAUGUUCCAUCCGGUCCAAUGUAUUGGAACGCCAAUGCUUUUCAUAGGAGUUAUUUGGAAAUGGAAAAGCAGUUCAAGGUAUUUGUAUAUGAAGAAGGAGAUCAGCCUAUUUUUCACAAUGGUCCGUGCAAAAGCAUAUACGCGAUGGAGGGGAACUUUAUUUAUCAAAUGGAGACGACCAAAUUCCGAACUAGAGACCCUGAGAAAGCUCAUAUAUUUUUCCUACCAAUCAGUGUGACGUCAAUUGUUCACUUCAUAUAUGAUCGAAACUCCAGAGAACAUUGGAAUCCAAUGAAACAAACGCUUAGGGAUUACAUUAAUCUUGUUGCUGGGAAAUAUCCUUAUUGGAAUCGAAGCCUAGGCGCGGAUCACUUCAUACUUGCUUGCCAUGAUUGGGGGCCUGAAAUUUCCAAGGCUGUUCCGGAGCUAUUCAAGAACUCAAUUCGAGCGUUAUGCAAUGCAAAUACCUCGGAAGGAUUCAAGCCUUCUAAAGAUGUAUCCUUUCCAGAGAUCCUUCUUCCGGGAGGUACAAUGGACGGCCUAAUUGGCGGUCCAUCUCCAUCACGUCGCUCAAUUUUGGCGUUCUUCGCUGGAGGACUUCACGGACCUAUACGUCCAAUACUUCUCGAUCAUUGGGAAAACAAAGACGACGAUAUCCAAGUUCAUAGGUAUCUACCAAAAGGCGUCUCGUACUAUGGCAUGCUAAGGAAGAGUAAGUAUUGCCUAUGUCCUAGUGGUUACGAAGUUGCUAGUCCGCGAAUGGUCGAGGCACUUUACACGGGCUGUGUUCCGGUCCUUAUUAAGGACCAUUACGUGCCACCUUUUAGCGAUGCUUUGAACUGGAAAUCGUUCUCGGUUGAAGUCCCCGUUGAAGAAAUUCCAAACUUGAAGAAUAUUUUGGCUGGAAUUUCGACAAGGCAAUAUAUAAGAUUACAGAGAAGAGGUAAACAAGUGAGGAGACAUUUUGAAGUUAAUUUGCCUCCAAAACGUUAUGAUGUUUUCCACAUGAUCCUUCAUUCUAUUUGGCUUAGAAGAUUAAAUAUGAGACUUCGUGGUGUUGAAUAUUUGUAACAUAUCUGUAUCUUCUUUGUAGUGUUAAAAUAAUUGUGUUUAUGUGAACCACGUGUUUUACAAUGAAAUUCUGUAGAGAAUUACGUUAAUUCGGUGAAAUAUUUUUUUUAUAGGUAAUUAA